UCAUCCGAAACCUCACUACCUCUUCCUCUCACCACCCAACAAUUUUCAAACAAACAAAAGAAAGUCAUCUGAACGGUUACACUUCUCCAUCCAUGGCGGCUUCUCUCUCCGUCUCCAGGCUCCUCUCCUCUUCUCCCUCCGCCGUCUCCGUAGCCAAACCCUUCCUCUCUCCCGCCGCAGCCACACCGCUCUCCUUCACGCGCUCUCUCGCUCCCCUCUCCCUCAAACUCCGCCGCUGCAGCCGCAGUAUCUCCGACACCGCCUCUGCCUCCGCCAGAUCCUUCGCCACCGCCAUCUCCGCCUCCAUCUCUGUCGGCGAUAAGCUCCCCGACGCGACUCUCUCAUACCUCGACUCCACCGGCGACGUCAAGAUCGUAACCGUCUCCUCCCUGACCGCCGGGAAGAAAUCCAUCCUCUUCGCCGUCCCGGGUGCCUUCACACCGACCUGUUCGCAGAAACAUGUCCCAGGAUUCGUAUCGAAGUCUGGCGAGCUCAGAUCCAAAGGCGUCGACGUCAUCGCCUGCAUCUCCGUGAACGAUGCCUUCGUGAUGGAGGCGUGGAGGAAGGAUCUCGGGAUCUCCGACGAGGUGAUGCUUCUGUCCGAUGGAAACGGCGAAUUCACGAGGAAGAUCGGAUGCGAGCUGGAUCUGAGGGACAAGCCGGUGGGGCUCGGGGUGAGGUCCCGGAGGUACGCGAUCUUGGCGGAGGACGGAGUCGUGAAGGUUCUGAACCUGGAAGAAGGUGGUGCGUUCACCAACAGCAGCGCCGAAGAUAUGCUCAAGGUUCUCUGAUUCCGGUAUCUUCUUCUUCUUCUCCGUUUGAAUCUUCCUGGGGGUUUUUUUCCAUCUCUGUUUUCCUCAUCUGUGGAGCUUCAGAUCUAACGGCUGAGAUUUCUAUAUUGCUGGAUCUGUACGGAUAAAAUAAUCGGAAUUUUAUGCUUCGGAAUAAUCUCUCUUAACCCUAAA